AUGGCGGCGGACUGGCAAUGGGAGAACGCGGCCGCUGGAUCCGCCGCUGGCCUCGCGACGGUCACCUUCACUCACCCACUCGACGUCGUGCGAACACGAUUCCAAGUUAACGACGGGAGAUUGUCAUCUCUGCCUACGUAUAAGAACACUCCGCACGCUCUGUUCACCAUUGCGCGCACCGAGGGUCUUAGAGGCCUAUAUGGUGGAUUUUACCCGGCUGUUCUCGGAUCAACUAUAUCGUGGGGUUUGUAUUUCUACUUCUACAACAAAGCCAAGCAACGGUAUUUGCAAACCAGAGAGGGGCUGAGCCCUGUUCUUCAUCUUGCUUCAGCUGCUGAAGCUGGAGGCCUGGUCUGCCUUUGCACCAAUCCUAUUUGGCUGGUGAAAACACGGUUGCAGCUUCAGACACCACGACAAGCUUAUCGAUAUUCUGGUUUUCACGAUGCUCUUAGAACCAUAUUGAAAGAAGAGGGAUGGAGGGCACUCUACAAAGGACUUGUUCCUGGUCUUUUUAUGCAGGUUUCACAUGGUGCUAUCCAGUUUACAGCAUAUGAGGAACUUCGGAAGAUGGUUAUCAAUUUUAGAACUGAGGAAAAUGUACAAAAUUCUAAUGUAGCCGAAAAUUUACUGGAUUCAUUUGAUUACGCAGUAUUAGGUGCUUCUUCAAAAUUAGUUGCUGUUCUUUUGACAUACCCUUUUCAGCAACGACCGGAAAUUCCAGGCAUUCCAAGAUAUGUGGACAGCUUGCACGUUCUGAAGGAGACUGCACGGUUUGAGGGCAUACGAAAAUUCUAUAAGGGUAUCACAGCAAACGUGCUGAAAAAUGCCCCAGCUGCUUCACUUACAUUUAUUGUGUAUGAGAAUGUGCUGAAUAUGUUGAAGCUCGCAGGGAAAAAAGAUCUAUGA